ACCCCACAUCGCCUCUCCGGACGGCUCUCCCUGCUUGCCCUGUGCUUGGUUGUUGCCUGGGUCAGUGGCCCGCUCGCCUCAGGGCGAUCCGCGCCCAUCGAGGCUUUUGCACAGCUGCGGCGACACAGACUGCAAAUAAUUCCCAUUCCUGGAGGCACGCAAGUCAAACACACGGCUGCUUGCUGCCAGUGCCAUUGCCCACCCAGCCGGCGCUCGCUGCUGGAAAGGCAUGGGGUAGCUGCACGCACCCCGGCCCUGAUGUGCUUCUGUGCCGCUCGCACGCUGGGGUAGGGGCACAGGAAAGCCCUCGAUAUUCGGUGACUCCAAGGGCUUCGUUUUCUAGCCAGCCACCGUGGUUGUGUUACUUUUUGAGAUUUAUGAUCAGAUAUGUGUGCUGCAUUAGGAAGCGCACCAAUCGCUUCAGAUAUUAAGGUCCUUUGUGAAUCAAUCUAAACUCCUCUAUGGCAUCUGCUCAAGAUUCCAGAUAUGGCCAGAAAGAUACGUCUGACCAGAACUUUGAUUACAUGUUCAAAUUGCUCAUCAUUGGCAACAGCAGUGUCGGGAAAACCUCCUUUUUGUUCCGUUAUGCUGACGAUUCCUUUACAUCUGCAUUCGUAAGCACAGUUGGGAUCGAUUUCAAAGUCAAAACAGUUUUCAAAAAUGAAAAAAGGAUUAAACUGCAGAUCUGGGACACAGCAGGUCAGGAGAGAUAUAGGACAAUUACCACAGCCUAUUACCGAGGUGCAAUGGGCUUCAUUUUAAUGUAUGACAUCACAAAUGAAGAAUCCUUCAAUGCUGUGCAAGACUGGUCAACUCAAAUCAAAACAUAUUCGUGGGAUAAUGCCCAGGUUAUUUUGGUCGGUAAUAAAUGUGACAUGGAGGACGAGCGGGUAAUCUCCACUGAGAGAGGCAAACAUUUAGCAGAGCAACUUGGUUUUGAAUUUUUUGAAACAAGUGCCAAGGACAACAUAAAUGUCAAGCAGACAUUCGAGCGGCUCGUAGAUAUCAUCUGCGACAAAAUGUCAGAAAGUCUGGAGACAGAUCCUGCCAUCGCUGCUGGAAAACAGAACACAAGGCUAAAGGACACCCCUCCUCCACAGCAACCCAACUGUGGCUGUUAAUACAGUUAUCAACAGAGGCGGCUCCUGUGUGUUCUAUUGCCAACAGAGUAUUUACAGAUGGUCUAUAAGCCUUUACUUAUACUGUCUUUUUAAUUUAUUUGGGGACAAUGUGUUUAUUUUAUGUCAAUGCCUGGUGCAAUGUGUGCAAUUUGUAAGGACUGCCCAUUUCUCAGCAUCUGGCCUUUGCACGUGGAUGGCUAAUUGUCUGUCUUUUCUUUUUAUCCUGAGUACAUUACACUUACUUCAGCUGGUUCUGUGACCUCAGAACACAGGUCAUCUACACCUGACUUUAACUUAAUCAGUUUCAAAUUAUACCAUUUACUUCUUGGUGUAAUGAUUACGGUAUUUAGGCAUAAACUUUCUGAUGCCAUUUAAAUUUUCUUUGAUUGAAAAAUCUAUUUUAAAAUAUUACCUGAAUAUACUGUCUGUUCCAUGCCUUGUCCAGAUAAUUUGUCUGAGGCACACUUCCCCGAAGGUAAUGCUGUGGCAAAUCCAUGUCCACCACCGAAAUUCACCGUUACCUCUACACCACACAUCAUGGCCACUUCGAAAUUCAGAAUGACAGCAGCUGCUUAACCCAAAACAGGCUCCUACCCCUCAAUAUAAGGAGAAAUUCUGUUAGCUGCUGACAGGAUAGGGGCAGGCUGCGUUCCAGUUCCAUCCACAAGCCAAUUCACUACAAUACUAAUAUAGAAGAGAGUUGUGAAAUGGCAUUCUUCUUUAAGUUACCUGCUUUCAAUAAUGAAUAUGCUACAGUUCUUGAUAUUACCCGCAGCAGAGCCAAAUCAUAACCAGAAAUAACCUACUCAUACUGUUCUGGAGUUUGCAUUAUUUUGGCCUUUAGGAAUUUCAUGUUUCAUUCCUGAAAAUGGUGUCUAUAUAUUAAUUUUAUCGUCUGAGAGAAUCUCCUCUAUGUCGAUUGCAUAGGCCCAUUUCUCUCCUCAUAAGUGCCACUCCUACUGAACUCAGCAGGACAGAAAUGGAUCCAUUCAAUUUGAAAAAUAGUUUGGUUCAGGCAUAUCUUGCUGAGGGUUUUCUUGUGACAGGACAGUCAGAAAUUGGCAAUGUUUUUAGAAAAUUCACAAAGAAAUAAAAAGUUCUCCAAUGAGUUCUUCCACUAGACCAUGUCAGUCACUUCGAAAGCCCACAGAAGGCUGUGAAGAUAGCUGAAUGUCCACAGGGUUUUUUUAAAGCAUUUUAAAAAAUAGUCAUUUCUCACCAUCUUAAUAAGCUCUCACUCUACUAAUUGGUAGCACUUUGCACCAUUGGCUUAUCUGGGUCACAGUGAUAUUCCUCAAUUAAUGACAUCACUGAUGCAACAUUAACUUUUUAUUGUUCUUAGAUCAGCAUUAGUACUAGGAUGACAUUUCUCAGGCUAGACAUAACAGAAAAAAGGGAAGGAAAAUGGGAGAAUGAGUCAGAGCACCUGCUAAUGCCAUACCUGACUGUAAGGCAAUACCUAUACCUUUUUCCUAAGGUAAUUUAUAUAAUCUCAUCAAACAUACUAAAACCAUGUCUACACUAGGAAAAAAGGUGUAGUUAAGACAUUUUAUCUAACAUUGUAACUAUUGUGUGUUAAAAUCCUAGUGCAGACAAGAUUAACACAUUAGUUGGUUGAGGUAAACCCAAGUGUAAACUUGUGUUAAAGCUAUAACUUGGCUUGGCUACACUAGGAUCCGUUAGCACUGCUAGCUAGCACCUACACUGUUUUUCUUAGUGAAAAAUGAGCCGCAUCAUUUGGUACCAUGGAAAAACCUGAGGAAAGGGAAGUGUUGCCUAUUCACUGCCCUGUAUUUAUUCCUGUUGUGCACAGAUUAGUAGGAAGAGAAAGUGUAAUCGAACAGAGCCAAUUUGCCUAGCUCUUGGCAUACACAUGGCAUGCCAGUCGCUACUCUUUCUGGCCCUCCCUCCCAGCUUGAUAGCUGUAUUCCUCCAGCUGUGGCUAUGCAUUCCAAGGUACUCUGAGGAUAGAAGUAUUUUGGCCAAUUAUUUUUAUUGAUUUUCCAAUAAAAAAAAUAAAAACAUUUUAAGGAAACCAGAUGCUUUCCCAGAAAAUGUUGAUGUUAUAGAACUGCCCCUUUCCCCACCACUCUUUUUUUAAUUUUUUAUGGAAAAGAGUCUUGAAGGAAAAUAUUCAACCAGUCCUCUCAACUGAACCAGCCCUGGGAACUUCACUGCAUAAUGCCUGGUGCGAUGCCAUCAACAGUGGUCACUCUGGCUAGCACCAUGGUCCUCAGUAGACUAUGCAUGUUUGAUGAUGAUGACUUGGUAGAAGGGUAGAGAAUAGAAGCAGUAAAGCAAAAAAUUAAUGCAUAGAUUCCAAACUCAGAAAUAACUACUGUGAUCAUUUAGUCUGACCUCCUCUAUAAUGCUGGCUAUAGAACUUCCCCGAAAGAAUUCCUAGAGCAGAGCUGUUAGAAAAAACAUCCAAACUGAAGAAGGUGGAGAAGAUAGGAGGAUGGAUUGGUCAGAUCCAUGUGUGGGAUCCAUGAAUGUGUGGGGUGCUCCCAGGACUUCAGGAGAGUGUUGUAUAGGUGCAGAGGUCCAGCCACACAAAGCCAAUUCAAGGUUCAGGACUAAUAAUAGUCACAACAAGUAUUUUAAAAACUUUUAAUCAGCAGCAUUGUUAAACUGGCUACUUGGGGCAGAUUUUAAAAAACUAGCUGCCUAGUCUCAGUCCAGUUCCUGGUGGCCACAUCAUAAAAUACAGGACCAAUCAUCACUAAUUUGUACCUUUGUUGCUAGUCUCAGCAGAGAAGUAAGGAACUGAAUAGCCCGUGGUAACUCAUUGACCUUCUCACACCCAGAGAUCAGGACUUAGGCCCAUUUCUGAGGCCGGGCAGUGCAGAGAAAGCUUUCUCUGCCUCUGCCAGUACUAUCUGUUCUAUGGAUACAGAGGGCACAUCAGCCUCCAAGGUUUUCAGUCCAUCACCAGCGCUGAAUUUUAAAGAGAAUCUUGCCAUUUAAUGGCUUUAUGUUCACUGUGGCACAGACUAUGUAACUACUCAGUUUGCAUGUACAAUGGAGGGGUGUGUGGAAUAUGAGCUUUGCAGUCUUAUUUCCCAUUGAGGGCUCUGGAGGGGAUUUGUCAGGGUAAAAUACUAUAUUAUUAUUACUGUCAUUUAUUACCUCAAUUUAAUGGCUGUUAGCAGGAGGGGAGAAAAUACCCUUCUCCUCUAUCAUAGUUUAACUGGAUAAGGGACCUGGAAGUGGACAAAGCCCCCAUUGCCUGGGAUCUGAGACCCAUGGAGCCAGCUGAACUACUGCACAACACAACCCUUCCAAAGUACCAACAAAGAAUAACAUUAGUGCUACAGUAAUUGCAUGCAUGGGUAAUACACCAUCUUUGUCAUGGAGUCACAGUGUCUUUCUCAGUGCAUGGGCAAGCUGUCACUCAGCGUUCCAAAUGGAAACAAGUGGAACAAAGGUAAGAGACUAGGCCCUGCAGUAUUCAAAUGCAUGAACCGAUAGGACAUAUCAGAAUGGCUUGCAAGCCUUUUUGAGCUGAAACUGCAAUUGCAUGGUCUUAAUUCUGACAAAAGUUCAUUUUCAGAUGUGAUAAAUGCCUGUCCUUACAGAUCAAUUAGCUUGUAACUGUGUUUGUAUUUCAUUUUGUUUAUUUAGACUGAUUUGUUUGGUGUCUGAAAUACAUAUGAACUGGCCUGUCUGUUAUUUUUUCCUCUCUCUUUUUCUCCACACACACAUAUAUAAAAAUCCAGCUCAUUCUCUUUCUGAGUUGCAAUGUGUGUGACUGUUACCUGGAACUGUUUGUUCCUUUGUGCUUAUACUUAAUGUAAUGCAUAGAGAAACUACCUGAGAAACUAGAUCUAUGUGGCCUUUCCAGAGCAUCAGUCUGAAAGAUUAGGUUUUCUUCCCAGUCUGCUCAGCUCUGUACGUCCGGCUGUGCUGCCUGCACCUUUUUUAUUUUAGGAAUGAAGUGCUAUUUUAUGGUGCAAACACUGCUGGAGUUGGAUCCUAACUUUUAGAAUUGCUUGAGUUUUAAUUGUCUUUUGCUAAGAAAUGCAUGGCAUUCUAAAUGUUAUGUCUAGUGCUGCCAUUGUUUCUUCCAUAGCAGAGAAGCCAGUGAUGCUUUCCAUUUAAAAAAAAUUACAGGCUUCAUUUUUCAAUAGUAUGGUUUGUUAUUGUCACUUUUCAAUGGCAACAACUAAAUGACUGCUCUAUUGCUUGAAUGUUAUGAAAGAUUCCUCGACCCAUUUCAUAGACAGACUUGAUAUGCAGCAAAUGGACCAAAUUCCUCUUGGUUAUAACUCGAGUGGAGUUGCACCAUUAAUGCUUUGCAUCCACAGGGCCCAAUCCUCAGCUUGUGUAAAUCAGCAUAGUUUCACUUAAACCAAUGGAACUAUGCUGUGUGCACACCAGCUGAGGAUCUGAUCCAUGAGUGGGUUUUUUUUAAUACCGAUUGGAACUUAGUUACUUCUGGGUUCACUACUUAUAAAGUCUCCAUUCAAAAGGCAACUCAUCUGAAUAGUCUGACUAUAUAAUAGUUUUCGUCAUUAAAUAGGUCAAGUAAAUUCAUUUCACCGUGUCCUGUUAAGCUUUUUUAUAUAUUUACUUUGUUUAUUUUUUCUUUCAUGUUCAUCCAAGCAAAAAUUUUAACUGCACGUUUAGAAUUUUCACACACAAACAAAUACAUCCUGAACACUGGUUCAGUUUGAACAGGUAUUUGUUCAUUUUCAGUGCAGUGGUUUUUAUUGUUAUUAUUGCAGUGAUACUUACCCAGAAAUUUUCAUUGUCACUAGAAACUGCUUGGGUUAAAUCCACAGGCCAUAGGAUUACUGUUCAUGGUGACGGCAGAAGCAGAUGGCACAUCACUUGUACCCAGACACCUGUUUUGGGGGGAGGGGAGAGACCAUGUCUGAAUCUUCUGACAAUUUCAUGCUCUUGCAUAACAUGUGGAAACAAAAGUUAGGGAUUGCUCACCACUUCCAGUAAUGAAUUUACUUGAGUAAUCCUGACAUGUACCUGCAAAUUAGUGUUAAAUGAAAACUCUUUGUGCUGUAAUCCCGUUUAAUAUAUUGUUGGUAAUGUCAGCCGUGUUGUGGUUCAGUUGAACUGUGAGAAUGUGUAAACUAUUUACUAGUAUUUGUGGAACUGAAAUGUCUUAAAUGUUGCAUGAAAAAUGUUAUAAAAAUAGAUUUGUUUUCUAUUUUUGAACACCUCUGAACUGAGGGAACAUGGGCCAAUAAGUGCAAUAUUUAAUGACUUACUCAGUGUAUAUAAAUUUGUAUGAAAGGGAGAAGUGUUAUGUAUGUGUGAUAUGGUGUUGAUGAUGACUGUGUGGCUUAUUUAAAGGAUGUCUAGUAGCUGUAAGAGUCUAGUAGUGAAAUUUAUACAGUAAAUACUUUAUCAGUGUAGUGUAAGAAUAAUCUAUUCUUAAUUCAUUUAAACUAUUUUUCAUAUAUGAGACAACAGUAACAGACGUCUGUAUCUUUACUGCAAGUGCAUGUCAAUUUUACUUUUAGAAUUGUGAGUGUCCUUUUCAAAAAAAUGAUUGUGUUAUAUCACUAGUAGUGGGGAGACCUUUUUUCAGUCAAAAGAUACCUUUAGCCAUUUCUAAAGAAAAACCCCACAUAAUAUUUUAGAAGCAUGUUCUCUGGAAACAGAAAAAGAGAUUGUCUUGGAACUCAGCUCUUAAGGAAAAGACUUCAUUUUUUUUAUCUGAAGAGUCAAUUACGUGCUCUGUCUGCCUAUACAAUAUAAUAUCAUGUGGCCACUUUUAAAAAAAAUAUAUAAUUGCAUUGUUCAUUCAUGAUUACACUUAGCCUAGAAUAUUAAAUAGGAGUCUCCAACCAUGUUGAAACGUACUUCUGUUUGGUGUCUUGAGUUCACAGUUUGUUUUUUGAAGGAGCUGGCAUCUCAGAUCCAAUGUGUUUGGACCUGGACCACAUUGGAAAAUGUUAAACAAAAUGUUAACCUCUGCUGACCCCAUUCUGUGGCUUCUAUUUUUAACUUUAAAUCAGAUACUAAAGUAAGAUAGAAGGUACAUUCUAGGCCAAAUUCUGCUGUCUUAGGCCUGGUCUACACUACGCAUUUAAACUGAUUUUAGCAGCGUUAAACCGAUUUAACGCCGCACCUGUCUACACUACGAGGCCCUUUAUAUCGAUAUAAAGGGCUCUUUAAAUCGGUUUCUGUACUCCUCCCCAACGAGAGGAGUAGUGCUAAAAUCGGUAUUACCAUAUCAUAUUAGGGUUAGUGUGGCCACAAAUCGACGGUAUUGGCCUCUGGACAGUAUCCCACAAUACACCACUGUGACCGCUCUGGACAGCAAUCUGAACUCGGAUGCAGUGGCCAGGUAAACAGGAAAAGCCCCGCGAACUUUUGAAUUACAUUUCCUGUUUGCCCAGUGUGGAGCUCUGAUCAGCACGGGUGGCGAUGCAGUCCCAAAUCCAAAAAGAGCUCCAGCAUGGACCGUACAGGAGAUACUGGAUCUGAUCGCUGUUUGGGGAGACAAAUCUGUUCUAUCAGAGCUCCGUUACAGAAGACGAAAUGCCAAAGUGUU